GUGUUCAAGUAUUUGAUAAAGGUUCAGUUGGUCAGCUUGACCUGUGGGUUGUUACAAUACGUGCUCCUCAACAGGCAGGUGAAUUUCUUAUAUCAGAUAUCCGAAGCGCGUAACCGGAAAAUAUGUUCUGUGUGUUUAUUUGAGCAUCAGUGACACGUGAUGAAAUUCUAUUUAUAACGGUGGAAACUACACAAGGGAACGAAAGUAAAACAAGGCACAAACAAGUAAGUAUAGUUGUUGUUGAAACAAGGGAGCUAUGAUGACAGAACUUCAUUUUAGAGAAAUACGGAAUGGAGUUGCCUUAUCUCACACCGACAGCCCAGUAGUCGUUGAUAUAGCGUGUAACCAGGACAUGUUUGAGAUGUUGGAUAAGGACGAGAAGGUUGAGGAGACAGAAACAUUGAUCUGUGUCCAUUGGGAGCACGUUCCAGAUGCUACAUACGUACUGUCCUCGAUGACUCUCACCAGGGGUUCCCAGGAAGAGUUGGACCUUCAACACGAGGUGGCAAAAUCACUUGUCCGAAACACAUCCAUGCUGCAACAGUUUCUAUCUGACCUUUUCAAGAGUUUCGAUGCUAAGCUUGUUGCGGUCAAAUAUACUCCUCUCCAAUUCAUACUGCAACACAACGACAGAGAAUCGAUGGGGUCAAUGGCUCGGAAUUCAGCUGUCUUGCAGGCAAUAUUCAAGGAAAUGAUGUCCUCCUGCUGCAACACCCUGCCUCCGGUGCAGCUGAGGAUGAAGAUUUUUAACUCAUCCCUUCCGCCCUGUGCUGACUUGAAGCGGGAGUGUUUCCUCCAAGCAGACCACGCAUUCCCAACAGAUUCCAUGUACAUCCCAUAUCAGCAGAGUAUGGGCAGAGCAGUAUCUACAGAUACAAUACUACAAGACAUCGAAGGCGAGGAAAAUCAGGAAUCUAUUGGUAAUCGUUUCGUUUCCCUGGAACAUGAGAUGACGGAGCAGAGAAGGAUAAUUGAGGCACACGCCAGGGAGCAGAGAGAACAGACCUAUGAAAUCCGAGAGGCUCUGUCCAUGAUCACUCAGCGCAUCAGAGGCGACUCCGAGAAGGAUGCACCACAGGUAACCGUGGGUCAGCUUGUGUCCGUCAGUGACAAGACGAAACCAAGCGAGCAUUCCUCUGUAGAGACCUCAUCUCUGAUAAAGGGAUUGACGAAAGAGCCUGACAUCAAGAAAGAAACCAUCACAACAAAACCACAAUCACAUGUAGAGUUGGAAUCGUCUGCAGCGUACCCAACUGAUGAGGUCAAAACACCUACAUCUGAUGGCGUCAUCUAUUUUCCUGUGAAGAAAGAAAGUUCUGAAAAUCAGUCAAAUACAGUUCAACCCUUUGUCGGUGUUGAGGAAGGAAUCACUAAACGCGGAACUCCCCAACACGAUCCAGAAAUCACUGACCCGUCAGAUAGCUGCCUAACAGAGGAACAAAUCCAAGGAAAGCCUGAUAGACGGGAACUUGAUGUACCAAAGGAUCCCAAUGAAAUUAGAAGAAGGUCUGGAUCUGCUGGUGACAAACCAGUCCUAGGAGAAGGAGGGAAGAUGAUGGAAGUACUAGCUGAAAUCAAAUCAGCCCUAGUCAAACAUUAUGAAGUGGGCAAAGUCUGGGGAUGUGUGGAAAAGACUUUGGAGGAAGACGGUUCUCCGUAUCCAAAAGCGAGGGGCGUCAUGAAUACCGUCUUGUGUCUUGACACAUCAUCCAGUAUUGGAGAAGAGGGGCUAGAGGACAUGAAACGCCUCCUAGAAGCGUUCAUUGAUGACAUAGAAGAAUCUGCGGAGGAUCUGGAACAGGAGGAAAAUAUUGCAGUUGUGGCAUUUGGAGGCGGGGCCUCGACUCUUCAUCCCAUCUCGAACGACUAUGGCAGUGUGAGAGAUGCAAUAGAGGACAUUCAGCUUGGUGGAUCGUCUCCUCUACUUCAAGGACUAUUGGUCAGUGUUGCAGCACUAGCUCUCGGGCAAGGUGGCAGCGGUUCGGAGACAUCUCAACUCUCGCGGAUCAUCGUGAUGACAGAUGGUCUUGUGACAGGAGAAAGAACUCCUUCUGAUACGGACACAAAAACCACAUGGUUAUCCCAGCAGGACAAGAACCGGUUUAUGUCGACACUGAGGAUUUUAAGACCGAAAGAGACGCCAUGCAAGGUGAUCGACGCGAUGGUGUGGAUCCCUGUAGGAGAUGCAAACUCGACAUUUCUACAAGACUUGGUCAGUUGGUCAAACGGUAAUCUUUUGAACGGAAAGGAAAUCAAGAGCCUCUGUCGCCAUCAGGGUCAUCAGAGAGAUCCAGGGAGCAGUGCGCCACCAGUGUCGUCGUUAGGAAGAGUACAACCUACAGGGAGGACGCCAGAUACCACUGCGGCAUCGCAACAGGACACAGCCAUACAUUCGGAUGGAAGGGGCGUAGAGAACAAGGACACCCCAAGCCCUCCUCCACACCAAGACAACCAGGUAAACAGAAACGAUGUGGGGAACAGCUCGCCAUCCUUGUCAUCUUUGGGGCGAGCACAGCGAGCUGGGGAAACAUUGCACGCCAUAGCAGCUGAGAAGAGAGAUCCAGGGAACAGUGAGCCUGUGCCUGUGUCGUCAUUUGGAGGAGCACGAAGGACAGAGAGAAUAUCAGAUACCAAAGAUAUGGACAAGCAUGGGUCCACAAGUAGUCUGGACGUCGGCGCGCGGAGGAGUGAGCGCAAGGCCACUGAUGUGUUUGACAACGUCUACGAGUCCGAGGGUCUACCCAUCCUUGGAUCACGAGUCAUGAGGGGUGUGGACUGGAAGUGGGAUGACCAGGACAUGGGGGGUCCUGGUACUAUCACCAACCAUGGAGCAGAAGGAAAGUCCGUUUGGGUUGCCUGGGAUCAUGGCGAGUGUAACAGGUAUAGGUAUGGUCUUGGCGGAUAUUUUGACCUGAAGGUUGUAGACGACCAACCAAGAUCCCCAAGAAGAGACGGCCGGAUUCAGAUCGGAAUGCUUGUUGAAAGAGGCGCAGACUGGCAACAGACUGAUGACGAUGGCGGGCCUAGCUGCAGCGGGACUGUGAUUAGACGACAGUCUGACACAGUGAUGGUGAAAUGGAAAACUGGAAACAUUGGUGUAUAUAGAUAUGGAGAAGGUGGCAAGUUUGAUGUUUGUGUUCGAGAUCCUGUUUCUUGUUUGAUGGAACGAACAACAAACCAAAAGAGGGUCCAGCAUGACAAACAACGCACUGCACCAACAGACGGAGUACCGAAGCAUAAAAAGCCAAGUGACAGACACAAGGAAAACAGUGUCUGGCAAUGGCUAGAUGGAGAUGGUGUUUGGACGACGUAUUCAGAUGAAAACAAUCUCCUACUCAGUCGAGCAUAUGAAAAUCAAAAGAGUGGACACUGCAGUAUUGAAAAGGAUGGUAAAAGAUUCCUGGUAUUAUUCCAGAACUUUGUGGAGAAAUCACUGACAGACAGAUGCACAAGGAAGGUGCGAAAAUGUCCAAUUGAUUAAAGAGAGAAGCUGCACAUUGAAGGCGGGUGACAGGUGUUGUUCUCUAGUCGACGUCACAGUCCCUGUUGAGUUACCCUAUACGCAUAUUGGAUUACCGUUCCACGUGACGAGGACAUUGUAUAGCGCUGCUUAUACGAAUCAAACAUUCAUUUUCCUUGAUAUACGAUGUUCUUUUUUAAAUACCGCUGAACGAUGUGUGAGAUGCGUUCCUUUCCCCUCGACAGUGAUGAACAUUACACUCCAACUUGAAUGUCGAAGGAUACUAUCUCUCUUUCAUAUACGUAUAAUUGUUGAUCUAAUUUUACCUGUAGUAUAAUUUGCUUUCUGAGUAUAUCUGAAUCGACUGGCUAAUGUGAAUCGUAUUCAAGACGGUACAGGACGUCUGCUGCUGACUCUAUCCAAAAGAACAUUUUUCUCUGUAAACGCCUAGGUUUUUAUGCCAGUGUUCCCUUAAGUCUUGUAAAUAUUCUGAACAAAUCAGCUAACUCUCAGGAUACUUGUUUGUUGCAUAGAGCGCCGUUUCGAUGUCAAUUCUUUCACUGUUAUCAAGCUUAUAGGUAACUGCUAGGAACUUGAAGCAAGUGAUGAGAAGUAUACAAAUACUUUAUUAGUAUGUUAUGACAAGCAGCUGAUGAACAACAACAGAUAAUUGAUAACUUCUAGAACGAAUAUUCUUAUUAUUGUUUUUAAUGUGUACACUGGAAUCUGCUGGCUGAUCAUGCGUGUUUUAGAACAUGUUGUUACUUGAUACGAUGCAAACAUUUUUAUUAAAUACAAGUAAAUAAAUCCUA